UCGUUCGCAGCUUUGUACAGCUUUAAAAUGUCGCGCAUCGCUUCGCAUCAGCCCCUCUGGCCAUCUUACAUCGUGCUCUUAUUAUUUAUAUUAAUAUUAACAUCGAUGACGUUGCAACGAGGGGGUGCCAGUCCUCUUCCGGAUUUUAUGAAUAAUUAUGAGAACACGACCGAGAAUUCAACGGAAAAUUCGGUGGAUAGCUCGACGGACAAUUCGACGAUCACGUCCAACACCGACGUAUACGUGAUAAAAGCUGUAGUUUACGAGAUUGGAAUUCUCGCGGACACGGAUAACACAACGAGCAGCGAAAGCACCGAAAGACAAGAGAAAAUCGACAUAUCGUUGUACAGUUCACCGCAGGAAGAUGAAUUCUCUUAAUUUCAACAAUUUUUUUUCUAUCGGAGCGAGUACGGCAGAGUCCUACAUCUAAACACGUUUAUGGAUCGAGAGCAAAAAGUAAAAUGUGAAACGUAAAGACUGCGCAUACACGACGAUGUUAUCGGGGUAGAAGUGUAUAGUAAAUUAUUAUAUGUCGUAUAAGAUAUAGAAUGUAAAAAUAAGUGCGAUGUACGCAAUUUAUAAAUUUCGAUAUUAAACUUGUAAUGCUGUAACACAUGUGUUUUCUUAGGAUUUAGAACAAUGUUUUAUUAGCUUUUUUCAUUUAAUUAUGAACAAUAUCUCGUGUACAACGCUAUAAACACAUUGCUGCUGCAAAAUCUGCGAGGCAGAAGAAAGUCGUGGAACAAUCAGGUAACAUAAUUC